UCCGCCGUCGAGCGCGCACAGACAAUUUGGCAUGCAAACACCUCCUCCUCCAGUCCAGUCCAGUCCAGUCCAGUCCAGUAUAUGUAAUCCCUGCCAUUGCCAUUCGGCUAGCCAGAGCUCCAUCACCAGAGGAGAGAGAGGAGACGGAGAUACGGCCGGCGGCAAUGGCAACUUCCCUCUUCCAGCUUGUCGGGCUCCUCCUUACCCAGCUGAUCCUCUUCCACCUCUCCGACCCCUCCGUCGCUCUCGCCCUCGCAAAACCACCACAAGUAGCACACAGUACUUGGCCCACGACGCCCAGCAGCAGCAGCAAGGAGCAACGUCGUCGUCCCCCGCUGGUCCAGUCGACGUGCAACUCCACCAGCUUCUACGACCUCUGCGUAGCCGCCCUCGGCGCCGACCCCUCCAGCUCCACCGCCGACGUCCCCGGCCUCUGCACCAUCGCCGUCUCCGCCGCAGCCGCUAACGCCUCCGCCACCGCGUCCUCCCUGGGCAACGCCAGCGCUGCCGCCACCACCCCCGAGGCGGACCGCACGCUGCUCCGCACCUGCGCUGACAAGUACGCGGACGCCCGCGAGGCGCUCCUGGCGGCGCGGGCCUCUCUCGCCGAGGAGGCCUACGACUACGCCUUCGUGCACGUGAGCGCCGCGGCCGAGUACCCCGCGGUGUGCCGGACGCUGUUCCGGAGGCAGCAGCAGCGUCCUGGGGCCAAGGCGCCGGCGUACCCAGCGGAGCUGGCCAAGAGGGAGGAGGGGCUGCGUCGCCUCUGCACCAUCGCGCUCGACAUCAUCUCGCUGCUGCAGAUGCGGGAACCCUCCAUCUAACUGAUCGAUGUGGGUGCGGUUUGGUUGGUACUGAACAUCCAUCGUCCAUGCAAUGCAACGCCAUGGGAAUCAGUUGGAUGAAAAAGGUUGGUCUCGGACCCUUGUUUGUUGGACGGAUAGGGUCGGGUGUUGACACUCCUAUCACAAUGACUUACAUAAAGGGUCAUUCUGAUUGAA